AUGGACAACAAACUUCAUAGAGUAAAAGUCUAUGUUAUGGUAGAAGACAAACAGUGGAAAGACCUAGGCACAGGACAAAUUUCAACCAAAUACAUCGAGGGGCUCCAAGGCAUGUGCCUGCUUGUUCAUUCAGAAUCAGAUGACUCACUGAUUAUGGAGUGUAAGAUAUAUCCUAAUGUACCCUAUAAGAAACAAGAAGGGGAUAUAAUCAUUUUGUCUGAAGGUAAGAACCAUGGCUGGGCUAUACAUUUCCAGGAAGCAAAUGGCUGUCAACAGAUCUGGGAAGAUAUCUGCAAAGUUCAAGGGAAAGAUCCAAAUGUAGAACUGACAAAAGAAAUUACUGAUGAUCUGGAGGGCUUUGACAAUUUGCUCCUGCAGUGGAAUCAGGUUGAGAUACCAAAUUCUAAAGUCUCUACAGUUGAAAACAUUACAAAUUUGUUUAAGCUUGUCAGUGAAAUGCCAAGCCUUAAGGAAAGGCUGGUGCUGGUCUUAGAAAAUGAAGAUUACAUUAAAAAAUUGCUGCAACUAUUCAAAACUUGUGAAAAAAAGCUGAACAUUGAAGGCUUACAAUAUUUGAAUGGCAUCAUUAAAGGAAUCCUGUUUCUAAAUGAUACACGCUUGUUUAAGAUCAUGUGUUCUGAUGAAUUUUUCAUGGAUGUGGUAGGAUGCCUUGAAUAUGACCCUGGUUCGGAUCCGCCAAAGAGGCAUAGAGAAUUCUUGACUCAAAAUGUGAAAUUCAAGGACAUUAUCCCAAUAACACAAUCCCAACUUAGGCAAAAAAUACAACAGACCUACAGAAUGCAAUAUGUCUAUGAUAUUGUGUUGCCCACCCCAUCCAUAGUUGACACAAAUCUUCUUUCUGAUCUUACCACUAUGAUUUUUUUCAAUAAAAUUGAAAUAAUUACCAUGAUACAGGAAGAUAAAAUUUUUUUGCUUGAAAUUUUUGCUCAGUUAAAAGAUAACACUGUAUGUGAUGAGAGAAGGCAUGAAUUGUUAUUAUUCUUUAAGGAACUCUGUGCAUUUGCUAAGAUAUUAGAGUCUCAAGAAAAAAAUGCAUUAAUAAAAACACUGAUAAAGCUAGGAAUCAUGAAUGCUCUGAAAGUCAUAGUACACAUGCAUGAUAACCAAAUACAAAUAACUGCUCUAGAUAUAUUUGCUUUUCUAGCAGAAUACAAUCCUCACGUAGUUCAAGCAUAUUCAAUGGAGGAAGCUCAGGACAGUGAAGAUAAUGAUGACCUUCUCAUUAAUAUAAUGAUCAAAAAAAUGAUCUGUGAUUCUGACCCUGAAUUUUCACAAGGCAUCAUUUUACCAGUAGUUCUUCAUGCUCUUCUUGAUCCAGAAAAUAUGCCUGUCACAAGUAAUGAAUAUGAAAGAAAAGGAUUUCUGAAUUUCUUCUAUACACAUUGCAUUAGUAACCUUACAGCACCAAUUUUGUCCACGACAGUAGAAAAUGACAUUGAUGAUAAUAGGGCUAGCAUCUGCCCUGAUGAUUAUCAAAAUGCACAACUGCUUGAAGUAAUUUUAGAAAUACUCACAUUUUGUGUACAAUGCCAUUCAACGUACAUUAAAAAAUAUAUUUUGAGCAACAACUUGCUCAGCAGAAUCCUGGUGCUGAUGAAUUCAAAGCAUACUUUUCUGAUUUUGUGUGCUCUCCGAUUUAUGAGAAAGAUGAUUGGCCUUAAUGAUGAAAUGUAUAAUCUUUACAUAAUUAAGAACAACCUAUUUGAACCAGUUGUAAAUGUGUUUAUGAGCAAUGGAACUCGGUACAAUAUGUUAAAUUCAGCUAUUAUUGAGCUAUUUGAAUUUAUAAGACAAGAAAACAUCAAGACUCUCAUUGUAAACAUUGUGGAAAAAUUUUUUAUUGCUUUUGAAUCAAUUGAGUAUGUCCAGACGUUUAAAGGGUUGAAGACUAAAUAUGAAGAAGAGAAGAAGAGAGAAAGUGUAAUACAAAAGAAUUUAGAUAAUAUAAUAUACCAGAAAAUAUGUUGUAGACAUAUCAAAAUUAUGGAGGUAAAUGUCAAGGAAGAUAUAUGUUGUAAAGGAAUCACAGAAGAAGAAAAGGAAAAAGAUGGAAGAGAAGGAGGAAGAGGAGGAGGAGGAGGCAGAGGAGCUAUUAUACAAAUAGGAAGUGAAUUUCCAAAUAAUUAUGAUAUAUUUAUGAAAAUUAAAGAGACAAGUGAAAGAGAAAAUGAACUAGAAUGUCCUAAAAGAAAAUCAUGUGAAGCCUCUAAAUGUUCUCCAUCUCAAGGUGAUAAUUCUGAUAAUGGAAUGAGUACAGUUCACUGUAACAGCCUUGUAGCUUUAGUGGAUUACCCAUAUGAUACUGAUGGUGAUGAUGACGCUGAUCCUUAUGAUAAUGAUGAAAAUGAAAAUGAAGGUGAAGAACCCCCUCCAAAACGACCUAACCUUAGUUUAUAA